AUGUUGGCCCGUGCCGGGUGCCCAGCAUCCAUGGCCGUUCGGUUCGUAGCCUGGCGGCUCCGCCAGCUGUGCUCAGAGUGGGUCGCUGAUGGGUGCGACAUUGCGACUUUUCGACUUCAAGCGGAGCUGGCGGCGGCGCUGGCGGAGCGUGACGCGUUCCUCGGCGGCACAUACUGCUCCAUCGGGGACGUGAGCUUGCGGAUCGGGUCUUCAUUGGCGCUUGCCCUCAUGGCUCUGCUGGAGGGGCGGUUACCACGUGGCGCUGAUCAUAAUUAUAAUGCUCUGCGCCGCGACGUGGCGUUGCAAUCGGACGGCAAAUGCGUCGGCGUUCCUGCGGCGCCUCCCGUCCCGCUGCCCUGCUCGCAGAAGGACAGGCGGCUGGACGCACGUGCGGGCGCGCAGGAGGCAGCAGCGGCGUGCGCAAGCCUCGGCGCGGAGGCGAAGUUGGCCCAGGUCCACGAGGUGGCCGCGCAGCCGCUCGCAUGGGCGCGCCUCCUGGCGGGGCGGCGCUUCGCGCGCAGGGACGGCGACUUCCUGCAGUGCGUGUUCGUGCUGCAGUCCAAGGUCGGCAUCGACGUCCUCGGGGAUAGGCCGAUGGCCGCGGGGUUCGAGCCCGACGCGCUCGUCUGGGUGUCCUGCCCGGAGGCCGUGUGGCGGCCAGGGCGCGUCGUCGCCGGGCCAGGCCUGCGGGUCGCGCUGCCGGUCCCCGGGGGCGACGAGGGCGAGGAGGAGGUCAUCGACGUGGGCGCGCCGCAGCCCGCGCAGGGCGCCCUGGCCAGCCCCCGGAAGCCAGCGCUCCGCGUCCUGCGACGGAACGCGGCGCUCGUCGGCGACGGUGCCCUGCGCUUCGACGACCUUACGGACGUGCCAGAGCUGCACGAGGCCGCGGUGCUGCACGCGCUGAACGUCCGCUUCUGCAAGGGGGUCAUCUUCGAGUAG